AGUGGCCGACAAAUUUCGCCGCUGCAAAAUGGCGGCCUCCAUGCAUGUAUACAAAAUUUUUGUUAUCUUGAUAAUCUACUUUCAUAAUGUGGCCGAUUGCAAACCGAAAUAUGUUAGCCUCCAAUUGGAUGCUUCAUGGUCAGAUACACCCCUUAUACUGGAAGCUAGCGAAUAUAUUGCGCAAGAAAGUAAUGAUUUAUUCUGGUCAUACGUUGAAGAUAUUGUAACAGAAAAUGGAGACUACUGGGAAAGUUUACAGCAUAUUGAUUUAUACAAUACAAUUGUUGAAAAAGUGGGAAAGUUAUUGUCUCCUCUCAAGUUGAAGUUGUUUAAAUUUUCCUUGUCUGUGAAAGCUCAUUCACCAGCUGUAGAAAUGCAUAAUCAAAUUGCGUACGAAAAGAAGCCGUCAUCAACUUGCGAGAGUUUCGUAGAUGUAAAUAAUAUGAUAACUUGCGACGAGUACGCCUUUAAAGCAUUCCUCGAGAAAGCCGAUCAACAAGAUAGACAUGUUUUGUUAAAAUCAGAUCACAUAUUUCCUGUUAAUGAGAAUGGAAAAAUUGUUGUUAUACUAUACUCUCAACUAUCUACAAAUUCUUUUGCCAAAUGGCAUAAAGAACUUAAAAGUCUUGCUAAUGCUGGAAAGAUUGUGUACGUCUUAAGGCAUUUUGUACAUAAUAAGUCUGAACAAAAGACUAGAUUGUCGGGUUAUGGUGUUGAACUUGCCAUUAAAAGUACAGAGUAUAAAGCUAAGGAUGAUAGUAAAGUUGAAACUGAUGAAAAUAAGGAAUCAAGUGAAAAUGAAAUUGAUGAAGUUGAUGGAUUCAUAUUUUCAACAUUAAAAAAGCUUUAUCCCAAUGAAGAGGAAUCAUUAUCGAAGUAUCGUAAACAUUUAAUCGACUCAAAUAAGGAGUUGGCGCCCUUAAAAGUAUGGCAAUUACAGGACUUGAGUAUUCAGGCUGGCCAAAAAGUAGCUAACGCAAGCGCUGACGAAGCAUUGGAUUUAUUAAAAGAUAUAUCUCAAAAUUUUCCAUCGUUAGCGAGGUCUUUAGCAUCAACAACUGUAACCAAAGAAUUUUUAAAAGAGAUGAAAGAUAAUCAGCACGUUAUUGAAAGUGAAUUAAGAAUGGGUGCAGGAGAAUCUGCUCUAUUUAUUAAUGGACUUCAAGCCGAUUUGGACAUAUCUGAUGUAUUCACCCUAUUAGAUACACUUAAAAGUGAAGCUAACGCUAUCGAAGGAUUAAAUGGAUUGGGAUUUAAAAAAAGUCAAUUACUAUCUCUUCUUAAGCUUGAUUUCCAAGAAUCUAAUAAAAUCGAAUACGCUAUAGAUAUCCGAGGGGAUUGGUUUACAUAUAUAAAUAAUUUGGAAAAGGAUAGAAAAUAUAAUAAUUGGCCUAGAUCAAUUCACGAUCUAUUACAGCCAACAUUUCCAGGAAUGUUAAGGCAUAUUGCUAAAAAUAUGUUUCAUAUGGUGUUUAUCAUCAAUCCUUCAUCAGCCGAAGGUAAAGAUUUAUUAAAAAUUCUUGAAGCUUUCUACGUUCAUAACGCACCUGUAAGACUGGGUCUUCUUCUUACACCGGAAGAUGAAUUCGGUUAUGCAAUGUUACGUGCAUUUAAUUAUAUUAAUGCAAAGAAAAAUGGAGUAAAAGCAGUGUCUUUUCUAACUGAUAUUUACGAAAGACUUGGAAACAAUAAAUUUGAGAAACAAGUUGUCACUUCAGAAUUUAACUUACAAUAUCCAGAAGCAGACGAUAAAGAACUUUUCUAUAGUGAAACUGAAUAUAGUAAAAAUGAAGAUAAAGGAAAAGAAUUUUUAAAACGUACCGGAUUGAAUGUUUCACCUCAAGUUUUGAUUAAUGGAGUGCCUUUACGUAAAGAACAACUAUCUGGCGAAGCCUUCGAAGAAGCUGCCGUAACUGGAAUUCUUCGAAUGACGAAUGAAUUACAAAAGAAAGUUUACGAUGGUAAAAUUAAUGAUCAAAGUAAUUUAAUGGAUUAUUGGAUGGAGAAGAAGAAUGUUAUGCCACGUUUAAAUAAUCGUAUAUUAUCGAAUGAUGCUAAAAUGCUCUCUUUCUCUGUAGACUCUAGUAAAGAGUUUUUAGACGAUUCAAGUAUAUUUAAAGGUCUACCAGCAAACCAAAUGAGUAGUGCUGUUGCCGAUAAUGCCGGCUAUAUUUCAAAAUCGGCUGGACUUCGAGCUGUAAAUCUCUGGGUGGUUACCGAUGUUGAAACGGAAGAAGGAAGAGCAUUGCUAUAUGACGGAAUUAAACAACUGAAACAUUCCAAUACAGCAAGAUUAACAGUUAUAUUUAAUCCGUCGAAUUUUGAUAAUUUAAAAAUAACUAAAAUUAUCUAUACGGCUUUAAAAUCAAAUGAAGAUAUUUCCCAAAAGAAAAAUUUCAUAACUAAAUUCGUAAAAGAAGAGAAUGUUGCCGAUAUUUAUAGUGGAAAGAAGAGUUGGAAAGAUUUCUCCGUUCAUAAUAUGAAUGUUGAAAAUUUCGAACAAAAUUUGAAUAAUUUUAAUAUUGAAAACAUUAAAUCGUUGAAAAUAUUUGCCGAAAGAGUUGUUGGAUGUAAUAAUAAAUUAAAAAUGGCUAUUCUAGCUAAUGGAAAGAUAAUUGGUCCAUUCGAAAAUCGUGAUGAAUUUACUUUUGAAGAUUAUGGUCUCUUGGAUAAAUUUAGUUAUAAUAGAGGUGGAGAGAUUGUAAGUAGAAAGUUAAAAGUAAUCAUGAAUGGUCAAGAUGACAGUGUGAUUAGCGAUAAAGUCUUAAGAGUGCUAAGUCUUUUAUCAUCAUUGCCGUCAACAGAAGCGAGAAAAGAUAUUAAAUUCGUAUCUGAGAAAUACUCUGUUCUCAAUUUUGAGGCAAAUUCAAAUGGGCCAGCUUUUGAAAUAUUAGCAAUAUUAGAUCCAACAUCAAAGGCUGCUCAAAAAUAUACACCACUUAUAAAUGUUCUUAGUAAAGUGACGAAUGUUAAUUUGAAAGUUUUUCUCAAUUGCCGUGAAAAACUAUCAGAAAUGCCUUUAAAAAGCUACUAUCGUUAUGUCCUAGAACCGGAAUUAGCCAAUACUAAACCAAUGGCAAAGUUUGUUGAUUUACCUCAAAAAGCCUUACUAACUCUUGGUGUUGAUGCUCCGGAGAGUUGGCUCGUAGAAGCCGUUAGAAGUCCAUAUGAUUUAGAUAAUCUUAUCUUAGACGAAGUUUCUAAAGGAGUUCACGCCGAUUUUGAAUUGGAAUACCUUCUAGUCGAAGGACAUUGCCAUGACGUUACAACUGGUCAACCUCCAAGAGGAUUACAGUUUAUCUUGAAGAGCGAUCUUUCAAAGCCUCUGCAAGAUACAAUUGUUAUGGCAAACUUGGGUUAUUUCCAAUUGAAAGCUCGUCCAGGCGCAUGGAAUAUUCAACUUAGAUCAGGACGUUCAGCUGAUAUUUACGAAGUAGUAAGCCACGAGUAUACAGAUUCGCCAUCAAACAGUCCAAAAGUUGUAGCUGUGGUUGAUAGUCUUAAAAGUAAAAUCAUCAGGAUAAAGGUUGGCAAGAAAAAGGGUAAAGAAAAGGAAGAUUUGUUAGGUGGUGACGAAGAAGAACCUGGAAGUUUAUGGAGUUCCAUAUCAAGUGAUGAUUCAUUUGAUACAAAAUAUACAAAGUUAUUACAAACUAAAAUAGAUGACGUUGAGGUUGAUGAUAAUGAUGAAUUUGAUGAGUUUAGUGACGGUUAUAACGAUAGAUCAUUAAAAAGUAAAUUUACGGGAUCUAAAGGAACUUCUUCCGAUUCGAACAAUUCGGACGAAGAGAAGGACGAUAAGUUGAAUAUCUUCUCGCUGGCUUCCGGUCAUCUUUAUGAGAGAUUUUUGAGAAUUAUGAUCGUAUCUGUAAUGAAACAUACAAAGUCUAAGGUUAAAUUUUGGUUUUUGAAGAAUUAUCUAUCUCCAUCCGUUAAGGAAUUUAUUCCCCACAUGGCCGAAAAAUAUGGUUUUGAAUUUGAACUUGUUCAAUAUAAAUGGCCUAGAUGGCUGCACCAACAAACUGAAAAGCAACGAAUUAUUUGGGGUUAUAAAAUUCUCUUCCUUGAUGUCUUAUUCCCUCUAAACGUUGAAAAAUUUAUAUUUGUUGAUGCUGAUCAAAUAGUUAGGGCUGAUUUACAAGAGUUAGCAGAUUUAGAUUUGGAAGGUGCUCCCUAUGGUUAUACGCCGUUUUGUGAUAGUAGGAGGGAGAUGGAUGGCUUUAGGUUUUGGAAUAGUGGGUAUUGGAAAAGUCAUCUUGGUCACAGAAAAUAUCACAUUAGCGCCUUAUAUGUUGUUGAUUUGAAAAAAUUCCGUAAAAUUGCUGCCGGAGACCGCUUAAGAGGUCAAUAUCAAGGUCUCAGUCAAGAUCCUAAUAGUUUAUCUAAUUUGGAUCAAGAUCUUCCAAAUAACAUGAUUCAUCAAGUUCAAAUUAAAACAUUACCCCAAGAGUGGCUUUGGUGUGAGACAUGGUGUAGUACUGAAUCACUCGCAAACGCAAAAACAAUUGAUUUGUGUAAUAAUCCACAAACAAAAGAACCUAAGUUAACUGCAGCCGUAAGAAUUGUCAAAGAAUGGAAAGACUACGAUGAAGAAGUUAAAACUUUAUGGGAUGAUUUCCAUAGUAAACGACCUUCAACAUCCUUUUCAAAAACCAAAGGUGGUAAAGAUGAAUUAUAG